ACUCAGAGUAGAGAACCGGGCAGGGAGAACCGAAGGAGACAACUGCCAAGGAGAAAGGCACGAGCCGCGUUCACCAUGGCUGGAACAAAGGCACUUCUGACGUUAGAAAACUUCAUUAAUGGAAAGUUUGUACCUUGUAACUCCUAUCUUGAUUCUUAUGAUCCGUCCACGGGGGAAGUAUAUUGCAGAGUGCCAAACAGUGGGAAAGAAGAGAUUGAAGCCGCAGUGGAGGCGGCCAGAGCAGCCUUCCCGGGCUGGUCGGCCCGGAGCCCCCAGGAGCGCUCGCAGGUGCUGCACCGGCUGGCGGAUCUGCUGGAACAGUCCCUGGAGGAGCUGGCCCAGGCAGAAUCCAGGGACCAAGGGAAAACCAUAACACUGGCCAGAACCAUGGACAUUCCCCGGUCUGUGCAGAACUUCCGGUUCUUCGCCUCCUCCAUCCUGCACCACACGUCUGAGUGCACGCACAUGGACCACCUGGGCUGUCUGCACUACACCGUGCGGGCCCCGGUGGGGAUCGCUGGUCUGAUCAGCCCUUGGAAUUUGCCACUCUACUUGCUGACCUGGAAGGUGGCGCCGGCCAUCGCGGCUGGCAAUACCGUGAUAGCCAAGCCCAGCGAGCUGACGUCAGUGACGGCGUGGAUGAUGUGCAAACUCCUGGAGAAAGCAGGUGUCCCACCAGGUGUGGUAAAUAUUGUGUUUGGAACAGGGCCCAGGGUUGGCGAGGCCCUGGUGUCCCAUCCAGAGGUACCCCUCAUAUCCUUCACGGGGAGCCAGCCCACGGCCGAGCGGAUCACACAGCUGAGUGCCCCGCACUACAAGAAGCUGUCCCUGGAGCUGGGGGGCAAGAACCCCGCUAUCAUCUUCGAGGACGCCAACCUGGAGGAGUGCAUUCCAACGACUGUCAGGUCCAGCUUCGCCAACCAGGGCGAAAUCUGCCUCUGUACCAGCAGAAUCUUUGUCCAGAAGAGCAUCUAUAGUGAAUUUUUGGAGAAGUUUGUACAAGCUACCAGAAUGUGGAAAGUUGGCAUUCCCUCUGAUCCAUCGGCCAGCAUGGGAGCUCUGAUAAGUAAAGCUCAUUUGGAGAAAGUCAGAAGUUACAUCAAGAGAGCCCAGUUGGAAGGGGCCCGGAUUCUGUGUGGUGAGGGGGUGGACACGUUGAGUCUCCCCGCCAGGAAUCGUGCAGGAUACUUUAUGCUUCCCACAGUGAUAACAGACAUUAAGGAUGAAUCUUGCUGCAUGAAGGAAGAGAUAUUUGGUCCAGUGACGUGUGUCGUCCCCUUCGAGAGCGAAGAGGAAGUGAUUCAAAGAGCCAACAAUGUUAAAUACGGGUUGGCAGCCACGGUGUGGUCCAGCAACGUGGGCCGUAUCCACCGGGUGGCUAAGAAAUUGCAGUCCGGCUUGGUCUGGACGAACUGCUGGCUCAUCAGAGAGCUCAACCUUCCUUUUGGGGGGAUGAAGAGUUCUGGGGUAGGUAGAGAAGGAGCCAAGGACUCUUACGAAUUUUUCACUGAAGUCAAAACCAUCACCAUUAAACACUGACCCUGGCUAGUGGAGAAGCCGUGGUCCAUGGCUGGCUGCAGAGAAUCAGUAGUCCAGUGCGGCGAGCAGAUAUCCCGGCAUAAAUUCCUGCCACAUCUUUGCUCAGCGGGGUUUCUCUACCUCUUGCUCCGCAGUUUGUCCUUUUCAUUCGUUGUCACAGAGAGGCUGUCUGUUUUCCCUGUGGAGUCAAAGAAGAGACUUCUGAGCAGGAAUGCACAAAAAGGAAGCCAAGUAAUUGUCAGGUUCCUUCUCUAUUGUGUCCUCGCUGUAGUUUUUUUCAUUGUUUUGAUUGAAUUCUUGGAAAUUCACAGAUAAUCAUUUUUUUUUCAUUUUUAAGUAUAUAUAAGAAUGUCAAUGAUAAACAUAGCAUGGAAUUUGUCCGAGAAGACCUAAAUGGUAGGUCCCACUAAAUACAUCUGUAAAAGGACAAAGAAAAAUAAAAAUAAUGACUACUUUUGGAGGAAAUUUGAAGCAAGAAGAGGAAAUAGUUUGAUCCAUUUCUACUCAAGUGUAAUCAAUUCCAGUUCUUCGGGUCUGUCUCCCUUGAGGCUUACAACCCACUAAUCCUAAAAGAAUAAACGUUAAGCAAUUUUAGUAGCCA